CCCCGGGAAUCGAACCCUGGUCCUUUCGCCGGCGAGGAGAGCGCUCGCACCACGACAGGACUCCGAUGUCCGGCACUGUUUUGUCGGACUUCGUUUUUUUUUACACUCCAGUAAUUUUAAAUUAUCGCAGGUGCCAUAAAGAAUGGUUCAGCCAGUGCCGGAGACUAUCAACUUCCCUGCAGAGGAAGAACGAAUCCUUCAGAUUUGGAAACGACUGGAUUGUUUUCAGGAGUGCUUGAAACAGUCCAGAAACCGGCCUAGGUACACAUUUUAUGAUGGACCUCCUUUUGCCACUGGUCUUCCUCAUUAUGGGCAUAUACUUGCAGGGACUAUAAAAGAUGUAGUGACGAGAUACGCUCACCAAAGUGGUUUCAACGUGGAGAGAAGAUUUGGAUGGGAUUGUCAUGGCUUACCUGUGGAAUACGAGAUUGACAAGACCCUGGGAAUAAAAGGACCCGAAGAUGUGGCAAAAAUGGGGAUUGCUGAGUAUAAUAAGCAGUGCCGAAAAAUAGUUAUGAGAUAUUCAAAUGAGUGGGAGACCAGUGUCACCAGAUUAGGGCGUUGGAUUGAUUUUAAGAAUGAUUAUAAGACCCUGUAUCCUUCAUUCAUGGAAUCUGUCUGGUGGGUGUUUAAACAAUUAUACGACAAGGGUCUGGUUUACAGAGGAGUGAAAGUUAUGCCAUUUUCCACUGCGUGCAACACUCCACUCUCCAACUUUGAGUCGAAUCAGAAUUAUAAGGAUGUUCAAGAUCCUUCUGUUAUUGUGAGCUUCCCAUUAGAGGAGGAUCCCAGUGUAUCCUUGGUUGCUUGGACAACAACACCAUGGACCUUACCCAGCAACUUGGCUGUGUGUGUUAGCCCAGUAUUCCAGUAUGUGAAGAUCAAAGAUAACUCUACAGGAAAGAUAUACAUAAUGAUGGAAGCCAGGCUGGUAGCUCUCUUUAAAUCUGAGGAGGAGUACAUUGUUCUGGACAGAUUCAAAGGUAUUGCUCUGAAAGGCAAGAAGUACAAACCAUUGUUUGAUUAUUUCUUAAAGUGCAAAGAAAGUGGAGCCUUCACUGUGCUCGUGGAUAAAUACGUGAAAGAAGAGGAAGGAACCGGUGUGGUGCACCAAGCUCCUUACUUUGGGGCAGACGAUUUCCGUAUCUGUGUUGAUUAUGGCAUUAUCCAGAAAGAUUCCACACCCGUUUGCCCUGUGGAUGCAUCGGGCCUCUUCACAGAUGAAGUGACAGACUUUGCUGGACAAUAUGUGAAGGAUGCAGACAAGAACAUCAUUAAGUAUCUGAAAGAUAAAGGACGAAUGGUUCACAGCAGUACCUAUAAACACAACUACCCUUUUUGCUGGAGGUCAGAUACGCCACUCAUUUAUAAAGCUGUGCCAAGUUGGUUCGUGCGAGUUGAACACAUGGUAGAUAAGCUGGUGGAGAACAAUGAAAAAUGCUACUGGGUUCCGGACUUUGUCAAAGAAAAGCGCUUUGGAAACUGGUUGAAGGAUGCUCGUGAUUGGGCCAUUUCGCGUAACAGAUACUGGGGUACCCCCAUCCCCCUGUGGGUCAGUGACGACUUUGAGGAGGUGGUGUGCGUGGGAUCAGUGGCAGAGCUGGAAGAUCUGAGUGGAAUCAAGAUUGAAGACCUUCACCGGGAAAGUGUUGAUCAUAUCACCAUCCCGUCUCGCUGUGGAAAGGGAGUUCUUUGCCGUGUGUCCGAGGUGUUUGAUUGCUGGUUUGAAAGUGGAAGCAUGCCGUACGCUCAGGUUCAUUAUCCCUUUGAAAACCGGAGAGAGUUUGAGGACAGCUUCCCAGCAGACUUCAUUGCUGAAGGAAUUGACCAAACCAGAGGCUGGUUCUACACUUUGCUGGUGUUGUCCACAGCUCUGUUUGGCAAACCACCGUUCAAGAACGUCAUAGCUAAUGGCCUUGUACUGGCCAGUGAUGGUCAGAAAAUGAGCAAACGCAAGAAGAACUACCCUGAUCCGAUUGAAGUUGUAAACAGCUAUGGUGCAGAUGCACUGAGGUUGUAUCUUAUCAACUCCCCUGUUGUGAGAGCAGAAAAUUUACGGUUUAAAGAGGAUGGAGUGAGAGAUAUUCUAAAGGAUGUGUUCCUGCCUUGGUAUAAUGCCUACAGAUUCCUAGUUCAGAAUGUGCAGCAAUUGCAUAAGGAAGAGGGUGUCCAGUUUCUUUACAAUGAAAACACUGUUGAAAACAGUGACAACUUAAUGGAUAAAUGGAUACUUUCAUUCACACAAUCUCUGAUCCAGUUUUUCAAAGCAGAAAUGGGUGCGUACAAACUUUACACCGUGGUGCCCAGACUGAUCAAGUUUGUUGAUAUGCUAACCAACUGGUAUGUGAGAAUGAACCGCAGAAGGUUAAAGGGUGAAAAUGGCAGUGAAGACUGCCAGCGAGCUAUGGAGACCUUGUUCAGUGUUUUGUUCUAUAUGUGCAGGCUUAUGGCACCGUUCACCCCAUUCAUUACUGAGCUGAUGUAUCAGAAUUUAAGACAGCUAAUAGACCCAGCCUCUGUUCAAGAAAAAGAUGUCAGCAGCAUUCAUUACCUCAUGCUUCCUCAGGUCAGCGAGUCUGUCAUUGACAAGCGGAUCGAAGGUGCAGUUGCACAAAUGCAGUCAGUUAUUGAACUUGGACGGGUGAUCCGAGACAGGAAGACCUUGCCAAUCAAGUAUCCAUUGAAGGAAGUUGUAGUCAUUCACCAGGAUUCCGAAGCUCUGAAAGACAUUCGAUCCUUGGAGAAAUAUAUCCUAGAGGAGCUGAAUGUCCGUCAACUCACCCUGUCAUCGGACAAAGACAAAUAUGGCAUCCGACUAAGGGCAGAACCGGAUCACAUGGUGCUGGGCAAGCGGCUGAAGGGAGCGUUCAGAUCAGUCACAGCAGCUAUCAGGGGCCUGCAGAGCAAUCAGCUGGAGGAGUUCCAAACCACAGGCAUCAUUGUUGUUGAAGGGCACGAACUCCAUGAAGAGGAUUUGCGCCUGAUGUAUGCGUUUGAGCAAAGUGCAGACAAAGCUACCCAAUAUGAGGCUCAUUCUGAUGCCCAGGCUCUGGUGCUGUUGGAUGUUACACCUGACCAGUCCAUGGUGGAAGAAGGAGUUGCACGAGAAGUUAUAAAUAGAAUCCAAAAGCUCAGGAAGAAGGCUCACCUGGUGCCCUCCGAUCAGAUCACAGUAUAUUACAGCUCUCAACCAAGAGAUUAUCUGGACACAGUCAUUCAGAACCACACUGAAUUUAUCUUGGGAACUAUCAAAGCGCCAUUGAAGCUUUACCCGGUACCAAUUUCUGCAGAAGUGAUUAUACAGGAGACAACACAGUUGAAGGGUUCUGAUCUGGAUUUGACUCUUGUGAAGGGAGCUGCAGGAGCUGCACUUUCGGAGCUUGCCUGUGCAUAUGUGAACCUCAAGAUUGCAGUGGAUGGAAAGGAACAGGAUGGUGUGGUUUUGCUGGAGAAUCCCAAGGGAGAUAACAUCCUAGAUUUUGUCAAGUUGAAAAAUGUGAUUUCCAUUAUAUUUGGGCUGCAGACCACUCGGCUGGCUAUUUAUCAUGGUAAAACUGAGCUGACAGCUGAGGCAGAUCUGAUGAGUCUCAGCAGAAAGACGCUGCACGUGACAUGUGGAGCAUCACCAGCAGAGAUCCCGAGCACCGAUACCCUGCUCUGCCAGUAUACCAACCUGCAGCUGGUGAACGCCAAGCCCCAAGAAUGCCUGAAGGGAAGCUCGGCCUCCCUCCUGCUGGAAAACCCAGUUGGUGAGAAUGGGCUGUCCUACCUGGGCCUGAUCCAGGAGACGGCGAAAGUGUUUGGCCUCCGAAGCAGGAAGCUGAAGUUGUGCCUGGGUGAUAGCAGAGCUGAAGAAAUUACAAAUAACACUUCUAUGAAAAUGCUGAGCACAAAGACCAUAUAUGUUCAUGUUCUGCCCACAAUCGCUGCAUCCUAAGAACUAUACUGAGAUUUCAGCUCUUAUUGGGGAAAUACUUGGUGCUAUUACUACUCUUUAGUGUCAUUAAUGGAAAAUCCCAUAUAUACACAUUUACAAUUGCAAAUGAUCUCUUUGCCUUGAGUACUGAAUCAAAAAAGAUGUUUGGAUUACGAUACAUAAAAUUAUUGAAAGUUUACUUUCCCAUUUUGGUUGGUGUUGACAUUUGUCCCUUUAGGUACGGGUCAGGUUACUGCUGGCUAGAGAACAUACAACAGGAGUGACAUUCCCUUAUGCUCUGAGUACUUGAUAUCAGCCAUGGCAUUGUGAGGAGGAGCCCCACAGGAGAGAGUCCAUCUGGGCUGCCAACUGCUAUAUGAUGGCCUAGAACAGAACUGAAGGAGAUGCUGGCCACGGGCUGGGGGAGAAUCCAGUCCUCAAACGUUUGACAUCUAGAUACCAACAGUGGAUAUACAAAAGCAAUUCUGUCUUAAAUUGACAGAUAUUUGAUCGAAAAACACUCUCCUUUUCCCUCCGUUGUAUAUUCUGUUUAUCAUGGACUUUUGGAAAAGCACCAAACCUUGUGCUGGGGUUUAUUCACCAUUCUGUUCAAUUUCCUCCACGCAAGAUGUGUGAAAGGAUAACUUUCUUAUUUUAUAUCUCUUCUCUGGGGUAGCGACAGUAUCCAAAAGCCAAACUGAGAAUAGGCCACUUACUGUGCUGGGAAUGUGUAUUCUCCCAGUCAUGUGGAAACAACGAAAGUAAGCAAAAAAAAAAGUCACUAAUUGUGACCCUAUUAGGAAACAUUGGGUGCCUGAUUCCCAUUAAAACUGUGGGUACAUCUUUAUAUGGCUCCUUGUAACAUACAAGUGAUUCUCUCCUCCCAGCCCAGCAUGUGGUGCACAAACCCAAUCUCCAACUGAAAUUAUUCAAUGUUAAUUUUUUUAAAAAAUCACUAAAUAGACGCUAUGAUGGGUUUCACCCAAUAUAAUUUCCAAUAAGCAGCUUGUAUAUCAAAUAAAUCUGCAGGUUUAUUUGGAUAGGUUCAUUAAAGGGAUAAAUAUUAGUUCUGUAGAAAUCGAAUGAUAAUUCCGUUCAGCGGGUUUUGGGGCUGUGCCUAUGUAUAUGUGAUUCUGAUUAAACUAUUCCGCCUGCCAA